AUGACCGACCCAGAAAAGCAGAUAGAGCCCAUGUGUGCUAUUGCGCCCGCACUCAUGGAAAAGACUGAAGGCAACGCGAUCACUGACAUAACGCCUCUCGACGAUGGGGUUCAUGGAGUUUAUGGGGACGAGUGGGCCGCGCUGGAAAAAAGGGUCCGGUGGAAAGUAGACCUACGCCUCUGUUCCAUCGCCGGUCUACUAUGCAGUCUGAACCUGCUGGACUCAGGGAUACUUUCGUCAGCGGCGGUCACCAGCAUGCUCAGUGACCUCCAGCUAGACCAGGGAUCGCGCUACUCAGUCUCCAUUUUCAUCUUUACCAUUGCCAGUGUGGUGUUCCAGCUGCCAUGCACGGUGGCUGUGCGUUUCGUCGGUCCGAGGGCAUGGCUCGCGACCAUUACAUUCGUCUUCGGCCUACUCACGCUGUGUACUGCUUUUAUUCACACCUGGCGCCAGAUGAUCGCCCUGCGUGUGCUUCUGGGUAUUGCCAUGUCGGGAAUUUAUCCUGGUUUGACUUACCUGAUUAGCGCUUGGUAUCCUCGUCGUGAACAGCAGCUCCGAUUCGCUUUUCUGCAGACUGGGGAGGUCCUCGGGCUUGCUACAGGUAACCUAGUCAACUUUGGUCUAAAUCACUUAGAUGGAGUUGCUAAUAUGGCGGGCUGGCGAUGGAUGUACCUGGUUCAGGGCCUAGUUUCCUGUGUACUGGGGUUGGCGACUUAUUGGUGGAUGGUAGACUUUCCGGAGAAUUCUCAUCGCAGCUUUUGUUUCCUGUCGGAACGGGAAGCACGCGUGGCGUCUCGUCGUAUCCAGGAUGAUAGAGCCGAUCUAGUCCCUGAAAAAUUCUCGUGGGGUGUGUUGCUCUCCAACUUUCUGGAUUUCAAGAUCUACGGGUUUGCGUGCAUGUUCUUCUUGUUGAAUCUGGUCUCAACUUCAAUGUCCUAUUUCCUACCCAUCAUCCUGCAAACAGGAAUGGGCUUCAGUUCCAACGAGUCAAUCCUUCUCUCCACUCCGCCCUAUUACUACGCGGCUAUUCCAGUCCUCCUCACCUCUCUAGUGGGAGAUAAAUAUCGGACCCGCGGCCCUGUAAUCACCUUCAAUGCACUGGUACUGAUAGCCGGGUUCCUCAUGUUCGGCCUUCCAGCAUCUAAGCAGGUGACGGUGCGCUACAUUGGGAUUUUCCUGGCUACCGGGGCCUACGUCUCCAACUGGGCUGCUCUCAAUGCGUUUCAAGCUAACAAUGUUGUCGGCCAGUGGAAGCGAGCUACCACAGCUGCUGCUGUCACUGCAUGCAAUGGGCUUGGUGGAGUAGCUGGAAGCUAUAUUGUGCGUUCGCAAGAGACUCCGCAUUACCAGACGGCUGUCUGGGUAUCGAUUGGAUCCCAUGCCCUUCUGAUCGCGUUUGUGACUGCAUUCACGAUAUCCUUCUACAUCGCAAACCGACAACAAGCCCGGGGACUGAAAGUUAUCGAGGGUGUGCCCGGCUUCAGAUACACCUAUUAA